AGAAAGUGACUGAACUUUGUAUGGGCAGAAGAACGUGCUGCUGUGUGAGCUCAAGAGUGUUCUCACUCACUACACGCGCAGCGGACACUGCCGGGCUCCAGGCACUUUAUGCCGGGUCACAUAGAGUGCAGGAGCCGGAAUACAGGAAACCGAAAUUACAGGCAUGGGUCUCACGGAGCCUGCUGGGCCUGUGCUGCUCUCUCUCACUGCGAUUCCUGUCUCCUAUGUGGCGAAUACCUUGUCUGCCGUGUCUGAUCCACUUGUUGUAGCGGGUAUUGGAGUUCUGGUGCUGCUCGCUUUACUGGUUGUGUUGUUUUACUUUGCACAAGGAAACCCUCCACAAGAUCCUCUAUUUUAUGUUUUUGCAAUCUUCUCCUUUACAAGCGUCAUUGAUUUAAUAAUAUAUCUGGAAGAAGAUGGCUACAUCAGUGGAUUUAUGGAGUUCUACAUGAAAGAGGGGGAGCCAUACCUCCGUACUGCACAUGGAAUGCUUAUCUGCCUGUGGGAUGGAACUGUACAUUACGUACUCUACUUGAUAAUGUUAGCAGCAAUGGCUAAUGGGAAGAACUACAAGGCAGUGGGUCUGUUCUGGCUGGGUUCCCUUCUUAUGAGCAUGCUGGUGUUCCUCCCUGGAAAUGUCAUUGGAAAGUAUGGGACUGAAGUCCGACCUGCCUUCAUCCUUAAUGUUCCCUACCUGCUUCUCCCUUUCUGGGCAGGGAUGAGGAUAUUUAGAGGAAAGCAUGCUUUUACCACAAUCCCAGCUGAAAAGCAGGUGGAGGUGGCACACAAUGAAGACAUCUUUCAACGCCCUAUAGAUAUUGCUCUGAUUUUAUACCUGUUAGGAGCCAUUGUGUUUACGAUCUUCAGGGGCCUGAUGGUCUUGGACUGCCCUGCAGAUACCUGUUUCACCUACAUCUACCAGUAUGAACCAUACCUGAGGGACCCAGUGGCUUAUCCCAAAGUCCAGAUGUCUCGUGGACAUGUCUUACACCUCUUUCUCUCCUGUGCUCUCUCCAUGGCUGUAAUUCUCCCAUCAACGCUUACUGCAGAAUAUGACAAGGGACAAAGAAAAAUAGUCCAUGUUCAAGAGGAUGAGACUGGUGAAGUGAUUGUACAAACAGCUCCAGGUAUAGUGACCACACACCGGGGUGGCUCCAUAAUUCUUCCCUGCCGUUACCACUAUGAGCAUUCCGGAGAGGAACCUGCACCAAUACGCAUUAAGUGGUCAAAAAUAAGUGAACCUGCAUCUUUCAUUGAUGUGUUUGUGGCUCUGGGAAAGGAAAAGAGAGGAUAUGGCUCCUAUAAAAACCGUGCUUUUCUUCAAGAGCAUGAGCCAGGAGAUGCCUCAUUGAUCAUCCAAAACAUUACACUGGAGGAUUAUGGGAGGUAUGAGUGUGAGAUUACCAAUGAGCUAGAAGAUGACACAGGCACUGUCAAACUGGAUUUAGAAGGUGUGAUCUUCCCUUACCACCCACGCUUGGGACGCUAUAGUAUGAACUUUCAUGAGGCUGAGCAGGCUUGUAAACUGCAGGACGGCAUCCUGGCUUCUUACGAUCAGCUCCAUGAGGCCUGGCUGAAUGGGCUUGACUGGUGUAAUGCUGGAUGGUUGCAAGAUGGCUCCGUGCAAUAUCCCAUCUCAAAGCCCAGGGAAGAAUGUGGAAAAAAAGACAACCCUACUGGAGUAAGGAACUACGGCUACAGACACAAGGAUAAUGAACGUUAUGAUGCCUUCUGUUUUACAUCAAAUCUCAAUGGUAAAGUCUACUUUCUGAAGACAUUUCGCAAGAUGAGUUUUCCAGAAGCCACAAAAGCCUGUGAAAAUAAUGGUGAUUCUCUAGCCAAGGUUGGCCAACUCUAUGCAGCCUGGAAGCUGCAGCUUAUGGACAGAUGUGAAGCUGGGUGGCUGGGUGACGGCAGUGUCCGCUACCCUAUUGUGAACCCGCGGGUGAAGUGUGGGGGUACAGAGCCUGGAGUAAGAAACCUCGGUUUUCCCAGUAAGAAGUAUAAACUAUUUGGGGUGUACUGCUAUAGGGGCAACAAAGAAAAAGAACAAUUGAACGAAAGUGAAAAAAUCAAGAGUGGAAUAAACCAAUGGAAGUCCAACCAUGUGUAGACCGGUUACCCGGGUCCAGGCUGCGUGCCAGAUUAUAGACACGUGGAAAACAGGUCCAGCGGACUGUGUGGCUAUGUGUGCAACACCACUGGGGUCCCAAGAAGCCACUGCACCUAUCAGCUGGCCUGUGCAAAUUGCAUGGGGAUGGAGCAUGCUAUAUUUUUAUGUACCUCAUCUUAUAUAAGUACUCAUACACGUGUUCUUUUAUAUAAAACUAAAUUGAAAGAAAACUAAAUUCACUCAGAAA